UCCAUGUCUGCAGCAUCUCUCUCCAGUCCGACCACACCGGCCUUAAUCCGGUUCCAGCUGGGCCUGUUUAGAGAGAUGGUUCGAGUCCCACCAGGCAAUCUAAGCUUCCGCCAUGCUCGGAGGCUGGCUGCUGAGGUCAUAGAGCGCAAGGCUCCUGACUGUAGCGUGGUCGGCUCCGGUGAGAAGAUCCUGCUGUUCAGACAUCGACCUGCCUCCGAGCAGCUGCUGCAGCGACUAACAGACGAGGACGAGCUGCAGGACGGGGACCUCAUCGAGGUCAUCAUCGCAGGAUCGGUCUCGGUAGCUGAGGUGAGGAUGCGUCCGCACUCCCUGCUGGUCCAGUCGUACCGGACUCCCACGUUCUGCCACCACUGUGGGGAGAUGCUGUGGGGCCUCGUGCGACAGGGGUUAAAAUGUGAAGGGUGUGGAUUAGACUUCCACAAACGAUGUGCUUUCCUGCUGCCUGACAACUGCAGUCGCGUUCGACGUCAAGUCAGCACCAGCUUCUCUUUGUUCCCGCCACGGCGACCGCCGACCAUCUCACUGUCCAAUCAGGCUGGAGGCAGUCUGGAGGAGAUCAGCAUGUCCAAACCGUCGUCAAGGCCUCCGUCGUGGAACGAGCCUCCGGUCUGGUUGGUCGGGUGUGGAGACCGGAGCAGACCUCAGGUCCCCCACACCUUCCACAUCCACAGCUACACCAAACCCACGGUGUGUCAGCACUGCCACCGGCUGCUCAAGGGCCUCUUCAGACAGGGGCUGCAGUGCUCAGACUGCAGGUUUAACUGCCAUAAGCGCUGUGAGCCGCUGAUCCCCAGAGACUGUCCAGGAGAGAAGAGAGGCAUCAACGGGAACGAAUCCUCUGCAGCUGCUCACAGGUGCCCACAAGAUGCAGAAGACAAUGAGUCUGAGCUCUCAACCCUGGACGUCUCAGACGAUGAGAUGUCCACCGACUGUGACUCGCUGACUGACACCAGCGAGGCGGAGCAACCGAGAGAGCCGAUGAGUCCGUGCUUCAGCAGCAACAUCCCCCUGAUGAGGCUCGUCCAGUCGGUUCAUCACACUAAGAGGAGACCUGGGGGGGUCCUGAGGGAGGGGUGGCUGCUGCACCACACCAACGCCGACACACUGAGAAAACGACAUUAUUGGGUCUUGGACUGGAAGAGCAUCACUCUGUACCAGAACGAGAGCAGCACCAAGUACUACAAGGAGAUCCCUCUGUCAGAGGUGCUGCAGGUCCGAGGCCCCUCCCAGCUCUCUGUGCCCGCGUUGCCAGGCAACAACUCUCACUCCCUUGAGCUGGUGACGGCCUCGCUGGUGUUCUGCGUGCAGGCGGGCUUGGACGGCGCUGUGUGGGAGAGCUCCAUCUAUCAGGCUCUGAUGCCCGUGCAGAGCAGGAGACCUGGAGAGGGGCACCAGGAUCAGGACCGAGACAGAGGCGGCGUGGACAUCAGCGCCUUCUACCAGAUCUUUACAGAUGAGGUUCUGGGUUCAGGACAGUUUGGAGUGGUGUACAAAGGUACUCACAGGAAGACGGGUCGAUCGGUCGCCAUCAAAGUCAUCGACAAGACCCGCUUCCCCACCAAGCAAGAGCGACAGCUGAGGAAUGAAGUGGCCAUUCUGCAGAAUCUGUCCCACCCCGGUGUGGUUCUGCUGGAAGGGAUGUUUGAAACGUCUCGGCACGUUUUCGUCGUCAUGGAGAAGCUCCACGGAGACAUGCUGGAGAUGAUCCUGUCCAGCGAGAAAGGCCGGCUCCCUGAACGCAUCACUCGUUUCCUGCUCAUGCAGAUCCUCGAGGCGUUGCGGUACCUUCACCUGAAACACAUAGCUCACUGCGACCUGAAACCAGAGAACGUCCUGCUGGUCUCCGCGGACCCCUUCCCCCAGGUGAAGCUGUGCGACUUUGGCUUCGCCCGCAUCAUCGGCGAGAAAUCGUUCCGCCGCUCGGUGGUGGGAACGCCAGCCUACCUGGCGCCUGAGGUGAUCAGCAGCAGUGGCUACAACCGCUCCCUGGACAUGUGGUCGGUGGGGGUCAUCAUGUACGUCAGCCUGAGCGGGACGUUCCCCUUCAAUGAGGACGAGGACAUCCGGCAACAGAUCACCAACGCUGCCUUUAUGUACCCACGCCACCCCUGGACCUCCAUCUCCCUGGAAGGUGUGAGUCUGAUCAACAACCUGCUGCAGGUGUCUGUGAGACGCAGGUUCACUGUGGGCAAAGCUCUGGGACACUCCUGGCUACAGGAUUUCCAGCUGUGGUGUGACCUCAGGGAGUUUGAGAGGAGGAUGGGCUGCAGGUACCUGACCCAUCGGACCGAAGAGGACCACUGGACGCAUUACGCUCGGGAAAAGGGACUCUGCCUCCCCCCUCAUCUCUACUGGGACCCCAACAAUGAAGUGGACCUCUGA